AUGCAGCCCCGGCCUUCCCGCGCCGACCUGGCUGCGCCGCGCUCGCCGGCAGCCGCGCGAGGCAGCGGAGUCCUGGGCCUCGCAAGGCCUCUUCGCGUUUUCCCUUUCUCCAAGUGUGCCUUUGCGCACCUGUUCGUGCCGACUCUCCUUCUCGUUUUGCUCCCCGAGCUGUUCCCUGCCCUCGCCUCUCUGGCCAGCGAAGCAGACACCGCGCCGCCCGCGCCCGCACCUCACCGCGAGGUUCAGGCUGCAGCCCGCGAAGGGUCGAGCUCUCCCGCCUCUGCGACGGGUUCGCAUGCGAAACUCAAAGGCUGGAAACACGGCGUGUCCAACCGUGUCGUUCCCGUUGCCCAGGUCGAGGAUGUCCUGGUCUCUUCCGGCGGCAUCACGCGGGGCGGCUCGCCACUGUACGGCGAGGACGCGCGGCUGCGCCUCGGCGAGCGGUACCCCGCCAUGGCGGCCUUGCUGAACCUGCUUUCCCGCGGGCCUUUUCCAGCGGGGAACAAGCUGAGGAGCAGCAUGACGAGGCCGAUGGCGACCGCAGGUCUCUUUGUACCCAUGCCAUUUCUUUUCUCUGCCUGGGUACCUCCCUGCUCUCUCGGCGACUGCCGAGGCGUCCGCGCGCCAGAGCAGCCGCGCAACGGGCGUGAAGGGGACGGGGAGCAGAGAGACGCUGCGAGGGAAGGACGCGAAGGCGAGGCAGUGGCGGAACGAGAGGUGCGAGAGGUCCAACUCAAGCUCGUCAAAAGAAUCGUCAAGAGAGAAUUCGACGACGCAGUCAGAAAGGUGACGCGAGAAGCCACCGCGACGUGGCAAGUCGGCGCCUGGUGGGCUGACCGCCCUUCCAAUGUUGGCAGCGCCGCUGAAAGGACUCCUCAGCAGGCAGCCUCUCACUUCGUUCAAGUCUCGCAGGGCGCAUUCCAAGCUCUGGGAUCCUCUCACUCGUUUGUCUACUUUUUCUCUGUCACCACGCCUCGGACCCUAGGGCGGUCGAAACCGACGCCGGUUCCAGCUGUCUUGUUGACCUACGACGUGGACGUUCGCCAGACGGUGGCAGUAGAGCUGCCCUCGCUGUCUUUGGGGAGAGUCUCGCCGGAUGUUGUGGGGGACCUCGCGACGCAGUUGAUGCCGAGAGUUUCGCGCGCCGUGGACUACUUCUUGCAAAAGGCAGGGGCCUCUGAUCCUCUCCCGGUCAUCUUCGUUAAUUUCAGAAGGGUUGACAUUCAGCAGACCGUCGAUCCGUGGCACGGCCAUCCUUCUAGGUAUCUGGAGCUGCAGAAAGAGGGGAAGAGUCCAAAGGCAAACAACUUUGCUCGCCUCACGCCUGUCCCCCGCGAAGAAGAGGCUGCAGAUGGAGAAGACGGGCGCGCGUUCGACAGAAGUCUGCGGCACGCAGUGCCCAUCAUGGUCUAUCGAACGACAAUCUCGGCUGCCGCCCAAGCGCAUAUAAUGGAUCUCAUUAGCAGCGCUGACUUUGCAGAACUGGCCAUCAUGUCCAUAAAAGAUAUGCGCGACCGCGGCCCGCUGUUCCAACCGGCGACGCACGAGUAUGUGACAGCUCUAAAACAAGAUUGGGAGGUGUAUGUGACUCUGGCAAAGACCCCGAGCCUGAUCGACGACAAGCAGCUCGCCGAGACGCAUGCGUUGCUCCUGCGUGCGAACGAGAACUUCUCCGCCGAGCGCAUGCGCUGCGUCAAGCAGUACGUCCUUUCGAUGAGUCAAGAUGAACCUUUGUUCAACUUCACCAAAGACUUCUGCUACAACUUCCCCGAGAUCCGCUACCCCUCGAGUGCGGGAGGAAGCGAGUUCGUCUCCAACAGCAUCACAGCAGGUCUCGCUCUCCGAGAGCUGUUUGCGUUCACCGAAUGGCCAGGCCGAUCGACACAGGAGACCAGCGACGAGGCACAGGUGUCCGGUUUGCCGACCACCUCGCCGGGGCUCCGCGGAGCCCGACUCCCAGAGCCGCGCAAACGAGAGAGGUCCGCGGGCCCUGAGCCCAGAAAAACCCAACCUGACAGGCAGGUGAGCAGCUCGCAGACGCCGGACUCGUCUGAGCCGGUUGAGGGCGAGAGAGGUCGUGAGGCGAGGGAGGUUGUCAGAGGGGAAGCGGCAGAAAGUGGCGAGGCGAAUUCUGGAAACGGCGACAUCGCUCUUCACACCGAAGAGGGUGCUCACAAGGUCGGUGAAGUCAGUGCGCCGGCGCCGUCCGACACCGAUGAGGCGCCCCCGACGAGUGGGGUGCUCUCGGCAGCGGGGCAUACUGCAGUUGCGGGGGAUGAGCAGGGAAGUAGCCAGGGAGACAGCGAGGAGCAGGCAGAGAUCAGUGAGCGUAGAGAGGAGAAGCGCGGCGAAGAAGAGAAGGGAGUCACGGAAGACGAGAGAUCGGCAGAAUCCGAGUGGCCGAACGAGAAGAAACAAGCAGCAAAAACGGUGGCGACUUUCCACGGCAUGAUUCCCGAGGCGUUCGCCCGAAAAAUGCAAGAGACCUUUGGUCCGCGAUGGAUCUCUCUUCUCCAACUCCUUGGAAGUGUCAGCCUCACAAAGGAUUACCUCAAAGUCAUGAGUUGGCUCACAUCCGGUGACUCCGAUGCGAUGAUGCUGUCUGCAAGAAGAUUGCUUCUCCGGCGUGAUGCUGACGUCUCUGUCUCGCUGCCGGCGGCCCUACGGCAACAGGUUGCUAGCUUUUAUGGAGGCGAGAUCGAAGGAAACCUGUCUCAUCCAGUUGCGCAUCAGUAUGAACCGCAGUACAAGUGGGGUGAAGAAGGUCUGAAGCAAUUUUAUACAGCCCUUGUUUCUUAUUCUUCAAAGAAGUGA